CAACCUUCGUGCUCUUGUCGCGAACCAAGACAAUUCUAGUCUACCAAGUUACAAGCGAAGUUAUAAAACUCGCAGAUUCCCGUACGAUAAAAUUUAGAAGGGGGGAAAAUCUGUUUAGUUUUGUAUAAUUUUGUUCUUUGGGAAAUAAAUAAAGAUGAGGCUUUUGAUUGCGGCGGUGGCUGCGGUAGCAAUCAUGGCGAGUAUCGGGGGGGCCUUCGGUAUCAGAUUUGUAAUAGACAGAGAAGAAUGCUUCUCGCACAAGGUGGAAUACGGGGACACUGUUCAUUUUUCGUUUGUGGUGAUUAAGUCUGAGGGCUCUUGGCAUUACAAUGAAGAUGGCGUUGACCUUGUGGUUAAGGGACCAAAUGGGGAACAGAUCCAUGAUGUCCGUGAUAAGAUAAGUGAAAAGCGUGACAUUUUGGCUUAUCAUCAAGGAGUUUAUCGUUUUUGUUUCGCUAACAAGUCACCCUAUCAUGAAACCAUAGACUUUGAUGUGCAUGCUGGCCACUUUGCAUUCCAAGAUGAGCAUGCUAAAGAUGAGCAUUUCAAACCUCUCUUUGAACAUAUUGGGAAGCUCGAGGAAGCUUUGUAUAAUAUUCAGUUUGAGCAACAUUGGCUCGAGGCUCAGACUGAUCGUCAGGCAAUAGUGAAUGAAGGAAUGAGCAGAAGAGCUAUCCACAAAGCUAUUUAUGAAUCAAUUGCUCUCAUUGGGGCCUCUGUUUUGCAAGUCUACAUCUUGCGUCGUUUGUUUGAGCGAAAACUCGGGGCAUCUAGAGUUUAGGUUUGGCUCACUAGGGUAUUCAUCAACGGUCGGUGAAAUUCUGGGUUUUUGAUUUACAUUUCUCAGUACCCCAAAUGUAACAUUAUCACAUAAAGGGCACUUCUCUAACUUAUUUUCGACUUCGAUCACAAUUUUUCUAAGCUUGUCUA